AUGGCUGUCGUCGAUACCCUUGAGCGGCGCAUAUACCACGAUGAACCGCCGGAUUACCAAUCGCGGAUUGCUAUGAACCCGACCUUGAUUGUGUCGUGGUGGUGCACAUUGUUCGCCCUCACUGCCAUCCUGAUCCGCGUGUUUGGACGAUGGGUGCGCACAGAGCGACUGUUUCGUGAAGACUGGAUCAUGUUCUACAGCAUAAUACCAUUGAUGAUUCGAAUGGCACUUGUACAUGUGGUAUUAAUAUGGGGCACCAAUAACACAAAGACUGAAGGUCUGACAGCUCUUCAAAUACAUCACCAUGAGAUUGGCAGCCGACUGGUUCUUGCCGCUCGAAUCUUCUACGCCGCAUACAUCUGGAUCGCGAAACUCGCCGUUCUAGAAUUCCUGAAGCGCAUCAUCGGCAAGUCAUGGGCAAAGUCGUACGAGGUCGGACUCCGAUACAUCUAUGGGUUCCUGGCCGCCACCUUUAUCGCCGUGGUGGUUGGGACGCUAGCCGAGUGUCAACCUUUCUCGCAUUACUGGCAGGUUGUGCCGGACCCGGGUGCCCACUGUCGAGAAGGACUGGUACAGUUGAUCGUCAUGGGCGUCUGCGACAUCGUCUCCGACGUGGUGCUGAUCGUCUUCCCGAUUCCCCUGGUCUGGCAGUCCUCGAUGCGAUUCUCGAAAAAGAUUUCCCUCAUCCUCCUCUUCCUGCUCUCAAUAAUCCUCGUCGCCAUCACCGCCUACCGAGUGCCGUCCACCAUCUCUCGGCACUCGUCCCAGCAAUAUCGGUCGCUGUUGGCGUCGCUGGAGAUUCUCGCCGCUGCAGGGGUUUCAAAUGCCAUCGUCAUCGGCAGCUUCAUCCGUGACCGGGGGGUCAAGAAAGCAAAAUUCAGAGCUGCGUCGAUGGACGAUGGCAUUUCCCCUGCUCGAACAAACACUCAGACCCGCGCCGUGUCUAUGACUCACCAUCACUGGGGCUCUGACGAGGAUCUAGCAAGGGGUGUUGGCGUCGCCUUGCCUGCACCCCUGAGACGAGGCGUCUAUCUGGAUCACAACCGUCCAGCCGAAGUUGCGGUUUCGAACCCCCCUCCGAAGGCGCUUUCCGUCCCCGUCGACUCUAACGAACAGAUUCGACAUGCUCCCUUUCAAUCCAAAUGGAAUUUUGCAGAAGCGUCUCGGAUGCGUAGAAAGCCGUCUUUGGACACUCUCAGCAGCACAUCGACAGACGACAUCAAAAUGCGGAAUUUGAGGCUCCAGAUCGACGAACCCCUUCAUGGUGAAGGUGGGAAUGCAUAUACCGAGCCCGACACACCAAGUCGGAUGGGCUUUUUCGACGUUGGCGGUCUAGUGGACGCUCCGCCCAACGAAUCCCCAAUCUCUCGCUCUCGCCAGGCAUCCAUCCAAGAAACCUCCCGCCGCUUGUCUCAGUCGCAGCCGCAGAGAUCCAGCUCGAAGGCUUUCCUCGCAGAUAUUGGUGGCCUUUUGACCCGACCUUUACGCAUACGCGAGGAAGAUGAGAUGCACUCUGCGGGUACGGGGUCACCCCGAAAGGGCAGUAGCCCGAGCCGUUCGCCAAUCAGAUCGGAUAAACGGAAAAUCUCAAGGGGCAGUCGAUUGCCCUCGACGCAGGAGGAUGUGCCGCCGCAUCGACCAAGCGGGCCCGACGAGAUGUUUCUGUCUGAUGCGGGUGGCUUGUUGAAAUGA